UAAAAUCACGGAACACUGGAGUAGGAUCAAUUGCGAAAAAGCAAGUUAAAUUCUUUUGUCUAUUAGUGCUAUUAUUUCGCUUGAAGAAAGAAAAUGAAAAUAUGGAAAGUCCAAAUCAAGCAUGUCAGUUAUCCCAGGUAAGUGAUGAACCCCAGAAGGCAGAUUGGAUUUGCUUGGCUUCUUAUUACAUUUUGUAGCAAAUUCAGAAUCAUCAGAUGCAGCUCCCUGGCUAUCCACAGGCCACACCAAUGGCAACUAUUACUUCGCUCUCUCCUUUAAAACUGUCCUUAUAUAAACCAAAUCAAACAUCUGCAAAAUCCGACCUUUUUGCUAGAGAAACUACCAAAAUUUCGAGGCCCUUCAAUAACAACAUCACUCCGAGCAAGAAAUGCAGAGCCACUCUUGUGAGAAGUGCUGGAUUGGCCUUAAGUUUAACCACCCUUGUGGGAGUGGGAUCAUCCAUUGCAUUUGCAGCUGAGGCACCAUCUUUAGUGGGCUUUUCUUUGCCGCUCGCUGAACCUUCAAAUGCUCUCUCCUUGCCUACCUGGCUGUUCACGUCUCCAGCGUGGUUGAAUGGAUCACUGCUAUGGCUUUGGUUUGGCAAUAUGGGGAAAAAUCUGGGAAUGAAUCUUGGAAGGGGCUUUCUUGGGCAUGGUGAGAAAUUUUUGUGCUGUUACACCAAUUUUGCUAUUGUAUCUCCAUCCCUGCUUACUUAGAAUCCUCUUUUCUUUUGCACUUCACUCAACACUCUCACAGUCACAACCAAACACAGAUAUGAGGCCUAAUAUUGACGGCAUCCGCGGUUACACCAAAUAUCCACCAAACCGAUCCUAGUAAAUGAGUAAUUAUUGACACCAAUUUUCCAACACAAACGACAAAAUGAAACUAAGGACCUUUCAUUAUUUGUUUUUCUUUAGCGGAUUGGAGUUGGUUGCUAAGUAACAUUUUCUUUUUAGCUGGAAAAAAAAAUCUAGUUUAUGUGCUUUUUGCUUAUGUUGUGUUUAUUGUUCUGAUGCCAUACUGCUUUCUGUUAUGUCUGCCUAAAUUUUGUUACUUGUACGCUUUCAGGAGUGUAGUUGUCCCCAUGGUUAAGUUCUGUUACAUAAGCUUUCUGGAUAAGUAACUAAUAUCCUGAAGUGGAUUAGUCUAAUGCACUAAAUUAAGUUUUGUUUAGAAUCAAAAGAAAUAGGAUCAUGGAACUUUAUUCUGAUUUCUGCUUCUUCAUUGAAGAAGAAAGGCU